CUGAUUUAGUUCAGGGUUUCUGGGAGACUUUGCAUUAGGGAACUGAGCUCAGGACGCACAAUGUCUCCGGUGUGGACUGCACUGCUGAUCUGCAUCUCGAUUUACUUGUGUUUACCUCUGGGGUCUUAUGGAGCAUUUGUGAUCUCAAGAGAGAAUGGGCGACAGAAACGUAGUGCGAGUCCUGCUCAGAUUGAGGUGCAGAAUGUGAAGAUAUCCUGCAAGGUGACGUCUCGGUUUGCACAUACAGUCAUGACGUCCACCGCUCUGAACAAGGCCGGCGUUUCACAGGAAGUCUCCUUUGAAGUCGAGUUACCCAAAACUGCUUUCAUCACCAACUUCAGCAUGGAGAUUGAUGGAAAGACCUAUGUUGGAGAGGUUAAAGAGAAAGAAAAGGCCAAGAAGCAGUAUGAUGCAGCUGUGUCGUCCGGACAGACGGCUGGUCUGGUCAAAGCUUCAGGGAGAAAGAUGGAGAAGUUUUCAGUCUCUGUGAACAUUGCAGCCAACAGCAGAGUCACUUUCACACUUAUCCACGAGGAGCUCCUUCAGCGGCGGCUUGGCAAAUACGAGCUCAUGAUCCGAGUCAAACCCAAACAGCUGGUUCAGCACUUUGAGAUUGUUGCAGAUGUUUAUGAACCUCAGGGCCUUGCAUUUCUGGAUGCUCAUGGUACGUUUAUUACCAAUGAGCUGCUACCCCUGGUGAAGACAACUGUCACUGAUAAAAAGGCCCAUGUGUCUUUCUCCCCAACUCUGGAUCAGCAACGGACUUGUUCAGACUGUGAUGGCACACAGAUCGAUGGCGAUUUCUUCAUCAAUUACGAUGUCAAGCGUGUAUCAAAUCUUAGUGAUAUUCAGAUAGUGAACGGGUAUUUUGUACACUUUUUCGCCCCAACGGAUUUGCCCCGAUUGCCAAAGAAUGUAGUGUUUGUGAUCGACAAGAGUGGCUCCAUGAGCGGAACCAAAAUUAAACAGACUCGAGAGGCGCUACUGACCAUUCUCAAAGACUUGCACGAGGAAGAUUUCUUUGCCCUAGUAACGUUUUCUACCAGGGUGCAAACAUGGAGGCCAAACCUGAACAAAGCCACAAAGGAAAAUUUGAGAGAGGCAAUGAAAUUUGUUGAAAACAUACACCCAGAUAGUUACACAAAUAUCAACGAUGCUGUUUUGCUUGCUGUGGAUAUGCUGAAAUUAGCCAAAAAUAACGAAGUCGUCCCAGUAAACAGCGAAUCCAUCAUCAUUCUUCUGACUGACGGAGAUCCCAACGAAGGUGAAUCAAAUCCACAGAAAAUACAAGAAAAUGUCCGGAAUGCUAUUAGUGGAAACAUGACCCUCUUUUGCUUGGGCUUUGGAUAUAAUUUGAAGUAUGAUUUCCUGGAUGUUAUGGCCAAGGAGAACAACGGUCUGGCUCGGAGAAUCUACGACGAAUCGGAUGCCGCUGUUCAGAUGCAGGGAUUCUACGAUGAAGUUGCAAAUGUUCUCCUAUCAGACGUGAAUUUCAAUUACCCGGACAAUGCGGUAAACUCCCUGACAGGCAAGCACUUUAAACAACUGUUUAAUGGCUCCGAGAUUGUCGUGGCAGGUCGAUUGAAUGACAUCCAGAUGAACGACUUUCCGAUCGAAAUAUUUGCUCAGUCGUUGGAUGACAAGUUUGCCCUAAAAGGCCAGGCCAGUGCUCAGGACUGGAAUGUCAUAUUCCCUGACAAAGAGUACAUCUUUGGGGAUUUCACAGAGCGUCUCUGGGCAUAUCUGACCAUUCAAAAUCUUUUGGACAAGAAAGACAAGGGCUCGCCCGAGGAGAAACAAAACGCCACGGCAGAAGCCCUGGCGCUCUCUCUGAAAUACAACUUUGUGACGCCACUCACCUCCAUGCUGGUCAUUAAGCCUGAAACCGAAAACGUUCCAGAGGAUACAUUUAUUGCCGACAAGCUGACCGAGGAUCAACGUCGUGUUCCACCAGUUACUGCAAGUUCAAACACUUACAGGACGUACACUUCAACACCUAUAAGCUCAGUUGAUUCCGAUCCACACUUCAUCAUUCAGUUCCCAGACCAAAAUGAUGCAAUCUGCUUCAACAUCAAUGACAAACCAGGAACUAUCUUCAACCUGAUCAGAGAUCCACUGACAGGUAUCACUGUAAAUGGUCAAACCAUUGGGGACAAGAAGGUAGACCCUGGGAAAACGAUGCACACCUACUUUGGGCGCUUGGGAAUCAUUCAUGCUAAGUUUGGCAUCAAAUUGGUGGUGACCACGCAGGACAUCUUGGUGUCUGUAAAGGGAAAACACGCACAACUCUUCUGGUCUGACAAUGCCUCAAUCAAAGUGUCCAACAUGGACCUGCAAGUAGCCAAAGACCGCAGUCUUACAGUGACCUUGAGGAACUCCAUGAAGUUUGUUAUUGUUUUACACAAAGUGUGGGCGAAGCAUCCUUACCACCAGGACUACUUGGGCUUUUACACCUUGGAUAGCCACUUGUUUUCUCAAAGUGUCCAUGGUUUGCUCGGACAGUUUUUCCAUGGUGUAACCUUUGAAGUGAGUGAUUUAUUUCAAGGGAAAAGUCCAGACAAACCAGAUGCCAACAUGUUUGUGAAGGGCCACAAUAUCACAGUGACCAGGGGCUGGCAGAAAGACUACAGAAAUGAUGUGAAGGAAGGAGAACUCGUGCCCUGUUGGUUUAUUCAUAAUAAUGGCACAGGGAUCCUCGAUGGAGUCAUUGAAGACUACAUUGUCUCUGGCCUUUUUAGGACAACCUAAGAAAAUAUAGACAAGUCUACAGUCUACAUUUCUUUUCUUAAAAAAAAAACAACUAAUCAUUGAAAUUAACAUGUUUUUGGAAUAUGUACAUGCCUGUGAUUAAAAUAUUUCUGCGAACAAA